AACUUUCUUUCUUUUUUUUCAGAGUGACAGCAAAUAUGUAAAUCUGUGGGAGAGUCAUGCCAGUUUUUAAAUGGGCUGUUGCAGCCAGGUUUGCCAUGGUAUGAGGCAAAUAAAUUAAUGUCAAAUUGUGAUUGCCCCAACCUGCCCUAGCUUCCAGGAACCAUGUUCCGAAGACGCAGAAGUGGAGCCUUCGGAACUCCAAAACGCAAAAACCACAUGAGCACCCUGGGCCAUCGUCCAGGGGCUAGUAGAAAUCAGACUCUUCGAGGACGACUUGGAAUACAUAAUGCACAUGCUAAACAUCCUGUUGCUGAUUCAACCACGAGUGAUUCCAACAUGCGAGUGGUUGUACGCGUGAGACCAGAGAAUGAACGAGAAUUAAUGGAUGCCAGAUGCAAGAAUGUGGUGAAAGUGCUGGAUGAGAAAGUCCUCGUGUUUGAUCCGGACAAUCCAGACUGUGAUGAUGUCUUUGCAGCCUCACAGAUGCGAAAGCCUACCUUUCGUGACAUGCUGAAGAAACAGAAAAAGAAUGCUAUGUACAUGUUCGACCGGGUGUAUGGACCAGAAGCUGAUAACAUGGAAGUUUUCAAGGGCACAACAUUUGAACUCAUUGACUCCGUCAUGGAAGGAUACAACUGCUCAGUAUUUGCAUAUGGUGCAACUGGAUCUGGGAAGACAUUCACCAUGUUGGGGUCUGAGAACUGCCCUGGAAUUGCAUAUUAUACAGCCAAGGAACUUUUCAGGAGAGUGGAAGAAGUGAGAGAUAAGCUCACAUGUGACAUAGAAGUGUCCUAUCUAGAGAUCUACAAUGAAAAUAUAUAUGACCUCUUACAAAAGAAAUCUGGGGUGCUUCAAAUUCGUGACUCUGGGAAAGAUCGUUUUGUGAUCAGUUCUCUUAGCUGUCAUAAGCCAUCCAGUCCCGAUGAGCUGUUGCAGAUGCUACGGCAAGGAAAUGCUUCAAGAACACAACAUCCGACUGAUAUGAAUGCUGAAAGUUCUCGAUCCCAUGCUGUGUUUCUCAUCUACAUCAAGCAGCGAGAACUGACUUCCAGUGCCUCCAGUGAUUUGAAGGUUGGGAUGAUGGCUUUGAUAGAUUUGGCUGGUUCUGAGAAGGGAUCAGCAACCGGGUAUGGAAAUGCUCGAUUCCGAGAGGGCUCCAACAUCAAUAAAUCCUUACUGGCAUUAGGGAAUUGCAUCAAUGCCCUCGCUGAUGGCCUUUCACAUGUGCCAUACCGGAAUUCCAAGUUGACCCGUAUCCUGAAGGACGCCAUUGGAGGAAACUGUCGCAGUGUGAUGGUAGCCAAUGUCUCUCCAUCGAGUGCCCAGUAUGAGGAUUCCCACAACACAUUGAAUUAUGCCUUUCGGGCAAAAAAUAUCAAGACAACUGUGAGGAAGAACGUCGUGGCCAUGGAUGUGCACGUGGCCGAGUAUGGACGAAUAAUUGAUAGCCUGAACAAGGAGAAUGCCACCCUUAGAGAGGAGAACAAUACCCUCGCAGAGAAACUGCAAGCUGAAUGGGAAUUGAAGCUGCAGACUGAAAAAGACAACAGUGACAAAUUGAAAUCUGAAUAUGAGGUCCACUUGAAGACAUGUCAAGAACUGCUGGAAGCUGAGAGGAAAAAGGUUGUGUCCCUGGAGGAAGCUCAGGCCAAAUGGAAGGAAGAGAGUAUCAAGAUGGAGUUGCAGGUGGUCAGACUCCUGGAGAAGAAUUCUGUCGGGAUUCAACAGCAGGAUGCACAAAUGCAAACUGAGGAGCCUGUUGAGGAAAUGGCCUUUGACAGGACUGUUGUGAUUGAGUGUCCAACCAUUGAUAUACCCCUGCCAUCACCAAAACCUGAAAUGAGGAGUUCAGAGGCACAGACUGACACUCCAUUGCAGGAACCACCUUGCACCAUGAAAGAAGCCUCUCCCUGUGAUGCCUUGCAGGAAGCCAUGAAGCUGAUAUUGGAAGAACACUAUGAACAUCUUAGUGUGUUCAGGGAUGCCAAGGCUGAGUCCUGCAUGCUCCAAAAUAAGCUUGCCAAUGAAGAGGCGAAGCUGAAGCGUCUGACAGCCAUUGAAGUACAGCCCUUCCGGCUGGAAAAAAGGGCUGCUAAGGUCACCCGAACCCUCGAUACCUUGCGUGAGAAGAUAAACAGAAACGAACUGAAGUUUUUGCAGGCCAAGUCUUCAUUAGAAUCCAGUCAGACAAAGUACGAACAGCUAAUAAGUCGCAUCGAUGAUCAUCUACAUGAAUUGACUCAUGCUCCUUCGUGCAUUCUUAAACUGUUCAAGACCCUAGACAAGCAAGAGGAUGAAGAGAAGAAGAGAGAAGAUCUGCUGAAGGAAUUGAAGGAAGGCUGGGAAGCAGACCAGAUAUUGAUUGAGGAGAGCCUCUCCCUCCUAAAGUAUUAUUUUCUACUUCUCAAAGGUUUGGACAGGACAACAGAGAAGGAGAUGCAAGCCUUUGAUCGGCUUGUGGCCAUGGUGGAAGGAGAGCCCCCACGCGUCCAUUGGGCUGCAGGGGAAGAGAUGGUGAUCUGGGAAGAGCCAAACAAUCCUGAAGCUACAUUUGUUACAGAGCCAAUAUCAACUGUUCACCAGGCCAGCACUCCAUUACAUCUCUCACAUCCCCCAGAUCUAUCAUCACAUUUCCCAACUCCUCAACAUAAUUCCACCUUUGUCUUUGAUCGUUUGAGCAUUGGAGGAGGUUCUGCAACUCGACGGAACGCCUGGAACGGGCGCGGGAACGUCGUCGAGAUCGGCCGGCCUUCCGUCGGUGCGCGUCGGAAGCUCCCGACGCCUGUAUCGUAUGGGAAGCGGGCAAAAGAUGGGCGACCUGGAUCUGUACAGGUGCAAGUGCCAAGACCCAGGGCCCUGGGACCUGCAAACCCUUUCAAAGGUACAAAUCACUUGCAGAAAGAGAACCGCACCCCCUGGAAGAAGAGAGAAGAAAAGUGACUGGGUUCCUGUGAUAUCUUGAUGGACUGUGCGUCUUUACUCCUCUUUCUCUCCUCGCCCCUCUUCCUGUACAGAUCGUUAGGUUUACUCGAGAGAAGUAUUUGUAGCGUCGACCGUGUUCUUAGUGCGCAUUAUUUCAUCUGGUGGUUGUUGCUUGGUUGAUGUCCUGCGGCGAAAAGCCGACGGUUCAGCUUUCCACAGAUCUCGUGUGUACAAAAGCAAACAAAAAAAGGAAAAAUGAAACUUUUUUCUGGCGACCCCACGAAAUGUCCCACGCUUCCCUCUGUCGUCGUCUCUUCACUAACACCCGAGUUCUGCACCGUGACCCCUUCCCCCCCC